AUGUCAGCCCCGCCGGACCCCCAGGACCUGCUGCUGGCGGGCACUGGGGUACACUGGGCUGCGGACAGGGAGGACCAGUAUGCAGCUGGGGUUCCGCUGCGGGAUGGAGAUGGGGCUCAGCAGCGGGAACAACUGGUUUUCGGCUCCGCCAGGGAACACCCGCCCGUUGCCAUGGCGACUGCAUCCCCAGGUGUCACGGCCUCAUCACAUCUCUUUGACUAUGGCUCCACUGCCAACGGGAGUGACAACUCCUUCUACACCUCUCUGAUCUCCGACGUCCAUUACACCACUCCGCGGGACUCCACCUAUUUCACGGGCAUUUAACAGCAGGAAAAUAGCCCCAUUCCCUGCUCAGGCAGCACAGAGGGCUUUAAGACGCUGGGGCAUCCUGUGCAAGAUGUGACUGGGUUUGAGUCUCAUGGCUUGUUUAGCUCAGAUUCGGGAAUAGAGAUGACUCCUGCAGAGUCUACUGAAGUUGACAAAACCUUAGCAGAUCCCAUGAAAGUAGAAGCUUAUAAAUACAUGGACAUAAGUAGAUCAGAAGAAAUAAAAUACCAAGAAAAACAAGACCUGGACUCUGAAGAUGAGAGUCCAAGCCUUAUCGAUAAGUACCAAGGAAUACACCAGAAAGCUGAAACUCAGCGGACGGCUUUGGAGGGCACGAAGGCAGCCAAAGAGCAGGGCCCACUUGAAGACACAAGAUCUACUGAUCAGCAUGGUACCUCCGUGGUUACAACCCCCGUCAAGAUCACACUCACUGAGAUAGAAAGUGUAGGGGAAGUUGCCAGCAAAGAGUCAAGCCCGACUCAGCCGGCCACUGGCCUGAAGCCAAGCCAUGAGGUGGUACCAACAGUGACCGUGUCAGAGCCAGAAGAUGACAGCCCAGGGUCUGUCACACCACCAUCCUCUGGCACAGAACCGUCUGGCUCAGAGUCGCAGGGCAAAGGCAGCCUGUCAGAAGAUGAACUCAUCAGUGCCAUCAAAGAAGCAAAAAGCUUUUCCUUUGAGACCCCAGAGGUGCAGCGGUCACCAGCCCUUUCCACUGAGAAGAGAGAGCAGCGGGUCAAACCUGGGCGCCCUGCUGCCUCCUCAGCCCUGGAUAACGAAGCCAGCAGCGCUGAGUCAGGGGACUCGGAGAUUGAGCUGGUCUCAGAGGACCCGCUGGCUGCUGAGGAGGUGCUGCAUUCCAACUACAUGACCUUCAGCCACAUUGGAGGGCCCCCUCCAUCGCCUGCCUCCCCCUCCAUCCAGUACAGCAUCCUGCGGGAGGAGCGGGAGGCUGAGCUCGACAGCGAGCUCAUCAUCGAGUCCUGCGAUGCUUCAUCAGCCUCCGAAGAGAGCCCAAAGAGGGAGCAGGACUCCCCUCUGAUGAAGCCCAUGGUCAUGGACAUUAUCAAGGAAGAGAAUGGCUCACGCGCUGAUGCCUCAGACUACGAAGCAAGUAAAACGACAGAGAGCAGGAUGAACAGGGAAAACCUGGCGGAGUCUGCAUCCUACCUGAAAUGCUCCUUUGUUGCACCGAAAGUAGGUGCUGAGCCCCCAACCUCCGCCGUCAGCACUGAGGAGCUGAAAGAAAGAAUAAUCCUGAAGAAACCCAUUGAAGAAACUGUUGUUAACCAAAGUAAAGUGUCUUCCAAGGACUCUGGCAAAAAAAUUCCUUUGGCUUCACCCCUACUGCCAUUUUUAAAUAAGCAGAAAG